GUGGCUUUUCACAGAAUGAGUGAUACUUCAUUUACAUCAGUAAAUGAUAGUAGGCUACAUUGUUAUAACAUGUUUUUCUGUAUAAGUUAUAACACAAGUAAAGAAAUCUAAGAAUAAUAAGUCAGUGUUCUCUUUAGCACAAAUUGUUAAAUGUCAGUUUGCUAUUUAAAUGAACAUGGAGUAUAUUUUAUGAAUAGAUGAUUAUAGUAAAUCUUAUUUUGAGAGUUAAUCUUGCAAUUAUCAAUAAUCAACAAAUGGAUCGCAAUCCGUCAACAUCUAAACCAUCACCAGAUAAAUGUCGUAGAAUGAUUUCUCCAGUCAAACGUCGAUCAUCAUCAUCUGGUGGUCGUUUUUUCUCACCUGUUGAUUAUAGUGAUCAAGAACUCAAUGAUUUAGAAGUAGAAAAUGUCUUUGGGGAUGCUGAUGAUAGUUUCCAUGGAAGUAGUGAUGCUGAUUCAUCCCCAACUAAACCUAGAAGACAUGAAACUCCUUCCAAAAUUAAUUAUUCACCUUUUAGGCCAUCAACUGUCAUGUCUAAUUUACAGAGAGGUAAUGUUCAGACAACAACACCCUCUAUUAUACAAAAUAUGAGUAUACAUCAAAUGGCUGCACAAGGAGAAUUAGUUUUAUUACAACAAGAGAUCAAAGAUGGCUGUGACAUGAAUAAAACAGAUGAAUCCGGUUUUACAGCAUUAUUAUGGGCGUGUGCUAAUGGUCAGAUGUCGAGUGUAGAAUAUUUACUACAGAAUGGUGCCGAUAUUAAUCUGAUUGGAAAUCAUGGGGAAAACGCACUCCUACUGAGUAGUUGCUAUGGUUAUUCUGAUAUCAUGUUAGAAUUAUUAAAACUUGGAAUGGAUAUAAAUUAUAAAGAUGAGAGUGGUAGUUCAGCUUUGAUAUAUGCAGCCUUUAAUAAUCACACAUCAUGUAUACAACUAUUAUUAGAAUGGGGAGCUGAUAUAACUAUAACUAAUGAAGAUAACCAUACAGCAUAUGAUUUAGCUGUUGGUCAAGGUCACAAAGCUGCUCAACAAGUAAUUGAACGUCACAUGUUACAAAUGUUUGAAAGUCCAACUUGAAAGAUUUAAUUUCAAUAAAAUGGUUAACAUUAAUGUUAA